CCAACGUCCUGACUCAAGCGACGUGAGGAUACCGCAAUGAUUGACGGAUUUAAUUGCCGAACCCUCGCAUCUCUAUCGGCGAUUCAAUUUCCAUACUAAGUCAUUCCAUUUUCGCGCAAACCCCUCUCUUUUCAACGUCUAUUUUCUUGUCGCUACAACACCGUUAUUCGUUGAGUACUUGCGUCAUGGCCACGCGCGGCACCACAGACUCACAACCUCAAGAAACUUCGCGACUUGACACCUCGGUCAAACUGCACAAUAGCCAUGAGGUACCAUCAUGGUACGCGCACAACUCCUUCAUUCUUACAGGGUACCGACCCGUCACCAAAUCUAUCCCUGUCUGCCUUCGCAGCCUACUCCAACUGCACAAUGAAACCGUAAACAUCUACACGCACCUCAUCCCCGGCAUCUUCAUCCUGCUAGCCAGUUACUCCUUCGACCGCUACUUCACUACGCGAUUUCCUCAAGCGACGUGGACCGAUGAACUCGUUUUCCGUAUCUUCCUUACUGCCUCGGUAGUCUGUUUUGGUACUUCGGCGGCAUAUCAUACGCUGAUAUGCCAUUCGGAGGGGUAUGCGAGUCUGUGGGUAAAAGCGGACUAUGUCGCGAUUAUAGGGCAGAUUAUAGGAUCAUUUAUACCUGGCAUCUAUUUUGGAUUCUACUGCGAACCCGGGUUGCAGAAACUGUACUGGUCUAUGAUCAUUACCCUCGGAACACUGACGGCAACCACGGUUAUCAACCCCAGUCUUCACGGCCCGAGAUGGAAGACCUUACGUUUAUCAACAUUCGUCGCAACGGGCUUUUCGGCAUUUGCGCCGAUCUUCCAUGGUAUGUCAAUCUUCGGUCAUGAUCAGCUUGUCAGACAAACUGGCUUGCGGUCCUAUUACCUCGAGGGUAUUUUGAUAAUGAUUGGAGUUGGAUUCUAUGCGACUCACUUCCCAGAAUCUCGGAGACCGAAGAGAUACGAUAUUUGGGGCGCAUCACAUCAGCUGUUCCAUGUGUUCAUCGUUCUGAGUGCUAUCGCUCAUUGGUACGGUAUCAUGAGCGCUAUGGAGUGGAACUACGUAAACCAGCGCUGUCAGUGGUCUUGAAGCCCCACGCGCUUAAUUAGCCGUGUACUACAAGACCCCCUCUUACCCUCGAUACACAUGUUACUCUUCCGCAGCUUCUGUGCACACUCCACAGUCCAAUCCUCGUCGUCAAAAAAAAAAGAAGAGUAAAGAUAAAUGGACACAGCAAGACUCGAACUUGCAUGUCCCGCACCACAACCACCCAGCGGAGCUGAGUCAAUAAGCUUAAAGCUGGAAAAGCUUGGAGCUUGGAGCUAUGCUUGCCGGACGCCCGGCAACGAACUAGAGGAGAGCUUUGUAAGAGCUCGGAGCUAGAGGUUGCUGGGCGGCGUGUGGCCACUGUGUGUGAGCGCCUUACCAUUAGGCCAUGUGUCCUGUGUGGGUUUUGAUGAGAGACUGGGGAGAUGUUGGGUAUGUGUAGAAAGACAGUAGAUAGGGUGAGAGAGAUAGUAAUGUUCUAAAGUAGCAUAACAUAAGCCUUUUGU